AUGACAAACACUAAUCCAGACUUUUAUUCUGCAAGACAAGUAUUAUUGUUAGCUCAACUACUACAUUCCGACAAUAUAAACAAUGUCGACAAGUUAACAUCAUUGAGUGAAAAUAAAAUACAAAACAUUAUUACUCAGUGGAAGCAACAUAAGAUUAACCAUUUAAACAGUGCCACGAUAAAUAACAAAGAUAGUGCUAUUAAACUUCAAACCAAUGCUCAACUUGUUGAAUUAUACAAGAAUCUACUAAAGAAGUACGAAGUGAAUAAUACCGAGGAAUUGGCAAAUGCUGCUUAUUUUAAACGAAUAAAUGAAUUGAAAGAUAUUAUAGAGAAGGAUAAACAGAUAUUUGAAGAAACUCUCACAAGCUGA